UGCCUGCCUGCCGCCUUUUGGGACAGUGAUGAGGCCCCAGUGACUCACAUUCUACCCAGCUCUAUACCUAGACAUUGCUUUGUUUUCCAUCCAGGGAAGAACAUUUCCCUUGCGGCCCUGUCAAAGAAAGACACUCCGAUGGACUUACACCGGGCAGCCUUCAAGAUGGAAAACUCCUCCUACCUUCCCAAUCCUCUGGCAUCUCCAGCCCUGAUGGUCCUCGCUUCUACCGCUGAAGCUAGCCGUGAUGCUUCUAUCCCCUGUCAGCAACCAAGGCCCUUUGGGGUCCCUGUGUCGGUGGACAAGGAUGUGCACAUCCCAUUCACCAAUGGCUCCUACACUUUUGCCUCGAUGUAUCACCGGCAAGGUGGGGUGCCAGGAGCAUUCACUAACCGUGAUUUCCCACCUUCCUUGCUGCAUCUCCAUCCCCAGUUUGCUCCCCCCAACCUGGACUGCACCCCAAUCAGCAUGUUGAACCACAGUGGUGUUGGGGCCUUCCGUCCCUUUGCCUCCACUGAGGACAGGGAGAGUUACCAGUCGGCUUUCACACCUGCCAAGCGCCUGAAGAACUGCCAUGAUACUGACUCUCCCCACCUUCGCUUCUCAGACGCUGAUGGCAAGGAGUAUGAGUUUGGAGCCCAGCUCCCGUCUGGCUCUCCCAGCUCCCUCAAAGUUGAUGACACAGGGAAAAAAAUCUUUGCUGUCUCCGGCCUCAUUUCGGACCGGGAGACCUCAUCCAGCCCUGAGGACCGCAAUGAGAGAUAUAGAAGCGACAGCCAAGGAGGGCCGCCAGCAUCUGCGGGGGCCAGCCAGCGCAUGGCGUUAACUUUCCCCCUCUGCAAGAAGAAGGCAACACUUUUUGACAGCCAGGCUCCCAUCUGCCCUAUUUGCCAGGUGUUGCUUCGCCCAGGUGAGCUGCAAGAACACAUGGAGCAAGAGCUGGAAAAGUUAACACAGCUGAACAUCAGUAAGAACUCUAUAUUGAAAGAUGUCAUGACCCCAGGCACUCCCAAGUCAAUUUUGUUGUCGGCCUCAAUCAAACGGGAAGGAGAUUCUCCAACAUCACCUCACUCCUCAGAUGACAUCCAUCACUCAGACAGAUACCAGACAUUCCUGCGGGUGAGGGCAAACAGACAGACCCGACUGAAUGCCCGAAUUGGGAAAAUGAAACGGAGGAAACAAGACGAAGGACAGGUAUGUCCCCUCUGCAGCCAGCCUCUCUCAGGAUCCGAGGAGGAGAGGAAUGGGCAUGUCGAACAAUGCCUUGCAAAGAGAGAAGGUUCAUGCAUGAUGGAAGAUGACUCUGUUGACAUUGAAAAUGAGAAUGGUAAUCGCUUUGAAGAAUAUGAAUGGUGUGGGCAGAAGAGGAUACGUGCUACCACACUUCUGGAAGGAGGUUUCAGAGAAUGUUCAGCAUUAACUCGAUUUUGGUGCUGGGGCCAGCUGCUCCGAGGGCAAGCGGAGCAGAGCUGUGUACACAGCGCUGGAGGGCUACUGUGCUCUCAAGGAUCUGGAUUUGUUAUGUGCAGUGGCAAGGAGAAUCCAGACAGUGAUGCUGAUCUUGAUGUGGAUGGAGAUGACACAGUGGAAUAUGGAAAAUCACAAUAUACAGAGGCAGAUAUUAUUCCAUGCACUGGGGAAGAACCAGGCGAAGCCAAAGAAAGAGAAGCACUAAGAGGUGCAGUCUUAAAUGGUGGCACGCCUAGUACCCGGAUAACACCAGAAUUCUCUAAAUGGGCAAGUGAUGAAAUGCCAUCAACAAGUAAUGGGGAGAGCAGUAAACAAGAGCCUAUGCAAAAGACCUGCAAGAACAGUGACAUAGAGAAGAUUACAGAGGACUCAGCAGUGACAACGUUUGAGGCGCUAAAGGCUCGCGUACGUGAGUUAGAAAGGCAGCUCUCCCGUGGGGACCGCUAUAAAUGUCUCAUUUGCAUGGACUCAUACACGAUGCCCCUGACCUCCAUCCAGUGCUGGCAUGUGCACUGUGAGGAAUGCUGGCUGCGGACUCUGGGUGCCAAAAAAUUGUGUCCUCAGUGCAACACCAUCACUGCUCCAGGGGAUCUCAGGCGCAUCUACUUAUGAAGGACAUUGCUGCUCAGACCAGCUUGCUGUAUAAUGGGGACUGGGGAAAGGAGUGACAGCAACUUGAAAACAAAACUAGAGACUCCAAAUGUGGACUAGAGGCUUAGGGAGCCGCACGAUGCCUCUGCUUCCAGACCUGUCACUGGCGCUGCCAACUCCAGAAGGAGGCCAAACCAGAAUCCUUAUUGUGAAUCUCCCCUUUUUUUACAAACUGAGGGUCCACACUUUGUCCCAUUUCUUCAAGAGCUGGGUUCUAUUGUGGACAACUUGCAAGCCUUUCCAGGGGAGCAUCUUGGUAGACAUGUCAACCUGAGAAGGUGCUGGAUCUUCCACAGCAGGAACUUUCAUAGCCUGUAACUUGUGUUUUCCUCCCCUCCCCAAUUUUAUUUGUGGUGUUCAAGUCGUGGUUUUUUUUUUAAGUCAGAGAAAAAGCCUACACCCACAUACCCUGAAAAGGCAGAAUGAAGCACAUGUAAUAUAGAUUAUAUGUUUACAAUGUUGUGUAUAAAUGGGAUAGACUCCGACAUUACAUACUAAUGUUUCCCUUUUAUUUUUAUUUUUAUUGUUUUUUGGUUGUACUUUUUUUUAAAAAAAGAGAAAGAAAUAAGCAGAGAACAUUAAACCCAUAUUUUUCUUGGUUCUGCAGAGUUUUGGCAUUAAAGUCAUUAGUUUAAAAAGUAUAUAUAUAUAUAUAUAUAUAUAUUAUACAUAUAUAUAAUAUAAAUGGUUUAAUGUUCUGUGGUGUAUAUUUCCUCAUUCAGAUAGGAAGUUAACAGCUUCAAGUAAUGGCUGUAAUUUUGCCCGUAAGUUACAUACCUUCUAAGGAAAGUAGGGAAAACAGGAUUUUUUGUCAUUAGUUAUAGCUAAUGGAACUAUUUAUAUCAAAUCCUUAUCCCAAUUAAACAUUUUCAGUUUUUCAGUGAAGAAAAGUAGGACACAUAGAUCAGGUUUGCAAGACCUUAACUACAUUGCCAGCUGACAAAAGGAUAAAUGUUUACAUGAAGCAGCAAAAAGUGGAGUGCCUGUUGCAGCUGGCAGUGUUGGUAUAAUGUUGUUCGAGCCUGGUUGUUUUGUCAUGUGAAAACUGAAGCCAUCUUUUGACCAAACAUACUACUUUCUUUGGGUUGUGAGCCCAUGCAUUGAAAUAUGCUCUGUAGUUCUUUGUGCCACGAGAGUAAAUGCAGAACAGCAGCAGAGAAAACAUGUUUCAGUCGUCUUUUGUCUGAGUAGGAGAUAAUCUGAUGCUCCCUCUCAUCUCCCUUCAGAAACAUGGGGCAGGUGCUAUGGUACUCUGGCAUGUUGUUUUAACAUGGCCAACCAGUCUGGUAUUUUGGCAGUGGGAUUACUGUAUUGAUGUCCCAUCUCAUGAGAUUUCACUUUUUAAAAGAAAAGAAAGCAAGCAUGUACUGGUUCUUGGUGCAAGUGGUAUUGUUUAGUCCUGUUAUCACUCUAAUUGGAACUGUGGCAAUAAUGGAACUUGAUACAGAUUCCUCCCCCUCCCCCAGUGAGAAGCAUUUUAACAGCAUCUUAUGUAUUUCUACAAUGUUCCUGACAUGCAUUUUCCCAAGCCUUUUGAAAAUACCCCCAAAGUGAGCUCUGUGCAGUCUGCUCACUACAUAUUUUAAAAUAAAACAAACAACUGCAAUAUUUAUACAUGCAGAGAGCCAAACAAGCUGCCUGCAUUCUGUUUAGGGAAAAUUUUACAAGGUUGCUAAGAGUCUUUGAAAAUGAAAGCAAGAAAUUUGGUUGACAUUGCCAUUAGCUGGCUUUGUUGGAUCAAUGUGCUGAUGAUCACCUUUUAAACAAGAGCUACAGAGAGAGAUGUUUGAGAGUGCAUUGGGUUCUUCUACAGGUUAACUUGGAGGUGAAUUACUCUGGCUACUUCCAUCUGAUGUUAAAUCUAUCAUUUAAGUCCUAGAAAGCCACCAUUAGAUCAGACCAGCUUCAGAGAAGCCAACGUCAAAAGAAUUACUGGUUGUUGUUUUGGGUGAUUCAGUUUAUUUUGCAGCACAUGGCUUCAUAUUCUUGUUUCAGUUUGGCUAAUUAGACACCAAAUGUAAGGACAAGGACAGCAUCCCUUAUCAACAUUUUGGUCACCACUGCAUUACACACAUAAUUGUCCUGUGAAUAGUUUGGUACCCUUAGAUGAAUGGAGCUUCCAUGGUGUCUGAACAACACCUGAACAAUGUCUCAUUUAACCACAAUCCAGUAACUGGCAUAAUGAAGGAACAGCUGCAGCUUAUGUUAGAGGGGAGAGGAGAAUACUCUUUUCAACAAAUAAUGAAUCUGUCAUACUAAAUGGGCAACAACAGUUCACAAGAGCCACAAAGCUUCUGGAGUGCCAUUUGUUCAACCAGAAGAUUCCUCCACUGGUAUAGCACUUAAGCACUCUUAAAUUUGUCACAGUGGGGAUGUCUGUCACACCCAAACCUGCUUGCCCAGUACAAUCAAGCAGUCUCUGUUGGGACAUCUAAUAGAGUGCUACAUUUCACCCUGAUCUGUUUGAGAAUAGGCUAUGCUGAGAGGGCUCACUCUUGAUGUUCCAGCAAAUUGGCACUGAGAACAAGGAGCUUUCUCUGGUCCUGUGGACCACUACUAUGCCAAAUGAAUAUAUGUAAACCACAAAUAACUAUUAGCCUUUAUUUUUAAAGUUAAAUCUCUCACCUUUUUUUUUUCCUUGAGGGAGUAGGGAAGGGAGAGAAGCCCUGAAGGGAAAAUGCAAGGAACUGAGUUGUUCAUUUCCUCUUUUGGAGCAAGGCACAUUUUGCAGAAUUCCAUAGCCACUCCUGCUUCCUCAAUGAACUUGAAAAGAAAUGCCCAAAGAUUCCCAGCUGCACAAGGUGAUAUUCAAGUUGUGUCAAUGAUUGUGUGUCGAUGUAUAUUAUAUAAAAAGGUACUUGUCAUUCCCGUUUGUAAACUACAUUGACAUUAAUUAAAUGAAUAUAAAACCUUUCAA